AGGAGCAACAGAGUUACUUCCCCUUUUCCAGAAAUCAGUUUUCACUCUGUCAGAAAUGCCACAUGAAUCCAGACAGUUACUGGAAUGUGGUGAAACUACCAGUAAGAAGUCUUUACCUGAGCAGAUUCAGCAGUGCCUUACUUGUUUCUAUGGCCAGGUGUCUCCAAUAGUUUAUCACCAGGUUCAUUCGGUUGUCCGUCGACACUACAACGGAAACCUGAGAGCCUACGUCAGGAACUUCCUCCAGCCAGCCACCGUAUUGCUGCGCAAACUUCAGAAGGUACCUAAUCACGCAGUAGCAUGUCAGUGUAAGGCAGACACGUGGCCACUCAGUCAAAACCGUAAGGUGAUCGUCCACCUGACAGAGUUCCCAAAGUCCUGUCUUCAUCGCGGGGAUUUUUACCUAUGUGUAACACGGACAAAUUUUGGCCAGGUCCAGCUAUCGGUCAAGUACUUGGCCGGGGGAGGGAUUCGGGAGUUGCUGGUACUGGAAAGUGAUUACUCCACCUUGUUCACCAUGGACUGGAUCGAAAAGAUGAGAGUUACCUCUGACAGGGAGUUAGGAUUAUUGUUAAAACGCUGCGUCGUUGCUGUGGAGAACGGGAUUCAACGCAUGCACUGGGAUGAUGUGGCAACCCAGAGUCGCCCUGGUGAUCUGUGUCGCAAACAGAAUUCUCAAAAAUUGGAUAUAGUGUUUGAUUUCACUGGAUUAUCGCAAAGAUUAGAGAGCCCGGGAGUGGAGGGCGUGGACGAGGGGGAGGUGCAGUCCAGACAGCGGUACCAGGCCCUCCUGUCCAGCAGGCCUAAACUAGACCUGCCCAAAACUGUCAUGGAUGUGGAUUAUUCAUUAUUACACUCAGGGGUAGCCAUCUUGCCAGGAUGUAAGGAUGUGGAUGGCAGGAUGGUUGUUUACAUGUUUACCUCCAGUUCGUUAUGGACCAAUCAGCAGGUGGCAAGCACAGAACUGGCACGGCUGGUCAUGUAUUACUGUACAAUACCCAGGGAAGAAGUUCGUCAAAGAGGUCUGACCAUUGUUGGGGACAUCAGAGGGGCAACCACUUCCACAGUGAACACAAUGUUAGAAGCCUUGUACCUAUUUGAGGCGAACAUUCCCACUGCACUGUCCUCCGUCCAUCUCCUAGCCGACGGUGUCACCCGGGAUUUGGUGCUCAGAUCUCCAGUCUACGACAGUCAGUCCAGAUUUAAGGUGAAUCUCCAUUUGUCUCAAGACCACCUUUUGAAAUUUAUAGACGCCAGUCAAACUCCUGCUGCUUUGGAUGGAUCUUACAGCUAUUCUCACGAGGACUGGGUACGAUUUCACAUGAAAUUUGAGCCAUUCAUGGCGACGUGUCGCUCCGUGGGCCAAUACCUGGUGGAGGUGAUGCAUGAGCUGGUCAAGGUGGACAGUAUGCCGUGUACAGUUAAGGAAACCAGUCAGCUCAUCAGCCAGCAUGAGAACUUCAUCAAGGCCACAUUUGACCAUCCCCAGCUGGUCAGUCUACAGAACGACGGAGAAGCUAUCAUGAAGGCGCUGAAGAAGGAAGACUUUGUUUUGGGAAAUUCAGAAGAUUACAGAGAUGCCAUGGACAGCAUGAGGCAGCUGCAUAAACACAUCCAGGAGUCCAUGGGGAAACUCGCACGCCUCGCAGAUACAAGACUUCACAAGUUAGAACAGUGUCUGCAGCUGAGGGAGUUUGAGGAAGAGUGCGGGAAGAUUAUCUCCUGGCUCUGCAAUCAGGGUGAGGAUAUUCUGCAGCGACACAAAGCCGUGGCAGAUAACCUCAAGGCAGUCCGUGCCCAGCAGAAAGACUUUGAAAAGCUUUAUUUCUCAGCUAUGACGCACAUUGAGAAGGGGAAUGACUUGUUGGAGGAAGCCAGCAUGCUGACCCAGAGCGGGAACUUUGACGAGGCAACUGGUUACAAAGAUUUAGCUCGCACCCUGAAGAAGCACCUAUCUGAUUUUACAGGACAGUUGGAGGCAUCGAGAGAGAAGAUUGAGGGCACGGCCAAAUGUUAUCAUUUGCUGGACAAGUCUUACGAAUGGGCAUUAGAAGCCAUGAGAUACGUGGCCAGUAUGAAGAUGGACAGCUCUGCCACGGCAGAUCGUCUGGCCAAACUCCUGAAGAGUCUGGAGCUCUACCUUAGAGAACACCCGCCAAUCACAGACGAAACAUUCAAAUUCAUGACCGAGCAAGCAGAUCGGUUACACAAUGACCGUCUCCUCGAACAGUGCAACAUUGCCAAAAACCGCUGCCAAGAGACAUUUCAACUGCUGGAGUUGCGACAGACAACACUACGAAAGGCAAUCCACCAGCUGGCAGCAGAGAGCCGGGGUUCUGAGGACAAGGGAAAAGAGAGGAAGGGUCAGCAUCCAAUUUCACAUCCCAUUGUGCCUGAGAACAUGUGUAAUAUCUCCAAGUCCCCUUACCCGGCCUCUCCUUGCCCUGCCACGGAGGCCGAGGCAGAACUGGUAUGGGAACCCCGAACCAGUACACCGUCUUCACAGAUAAGUCAGUCUUCCUUACGCCGCAGGUCUUACUCUGGGAAAGCCUCAGCGCUCAUGUACGAUGACUCACUCUCGUUCACUCCCGAAACGAUACCAGAUAGGUACAGAAGGGAGACAACUCAGUCAAGGAAUGACCGUAUUCAGAUCUUAGACGUGUCAGAUAGGUCAGUGGCUAGUGUCCCAAAACUAAGUACUGUGGAAGAACACCAGUGUAUGACCACAGAGAACAAUGUUAGCCUUACAAAUGUGGACGGUGCCAGUGCUGCAGGUCUUAACACAUCAUGUUUAGGCGCCGACUCGAGCAGUGGUCCAACAACUUUAAACAAACAUGAGCGUCCUCACAGGAAAAUGUUCAAGCGAGCGGUAUCAGUACCAAGUUACUGCCAUGAUAUGUUCUCAGAGAGAGAUGGACAUUAUGUACCAAGUGAGAAUGGGGCAUUUGUGGAGUCUAGUAAAGCCAAUGACCCCCUUCAGCCAAUCAGAGAGCGGCGAGCCCUCAAGUCCAUUAGUAUGAUAACAGGAAGCACAGAGAGCCUGCCAAGCAUGCCGGAAGAGGAUGAGGAUGGAGAGCAAGGAGUAGAGCAUACCCCUCAGAAGGAGUGGACACCUGUACCGGUGAACUCGCACCUGAUGAGGCAGAACCGGACCAUUCCCACAGGCUCUGUGGCUGACCUCAGGCUGUCCGAGGCACAGGUCAAAAGCAGGAGAACGUUGUCUUUGAUAAUGAGUGAGAUGGUGCAGACAGAAAGAGACUACGUGCAAGCUCUCCAGUUUAUCGUUGAGAACUACAUUCCAGAGCUGCUCAGAGACGACGUGCCCCAGGCCCUGAGAGGAAAACGUAACAUCGUCUUCGGAAAUAUUGAGAAAAUUUACCAGUUUCACAGACAGUACUUUUUACGAGAAUUAGAAGCUUGUGAGAGAAAUCCUUUUCAAGUGGGACAUUAUUUUCUUUUACAUGAAAACCAGUUUUAUCUCUAUGCAUUAUACAACAAAAACAAACCAAAGUCUGACAGUUUGAUGGUGGAAUAUGGAAAAGAUUUCUUCAGGAGAAAACAGAGUGAUUUGGGGGACAAAAUGGACCUUAGCAGUUACCUCCUGAAGCCUGUCCAGAGGAUGGGCAAAUACGCCCUGCUGCUGAAACAGAUCAUCAAAGAGUGUGCGGAGACAGAGCCAGAGUACCCGGAGCUUAAGGCCUCAGAAGAUAUGGUGAGGUUUCAGCUCCGGCAUGGUAAUGAUUUGCUGGCCAUGGACUCCCUUCGGGACUGUGAUGUGAAUUUACAAGAACAAGGGAGGCUAAUCCGUCAAGGCGAGUUUCUUGUGUGGCAGGGCCGACGAAAAUCCUUACGGCAUAUCUUCCUUUUCGAAGAUUUGGUGCUAUUUAGUAAAACACGACGUGGACGAAGUGGAAGCCACGAAACGUACCUAUACAAGUACAGCUUCAAGAUGUCAGAUAUAGGCUUGACGGAAAAUUUCGGGGAAAGCGGGUACAAGUUUGAGAUCUGGUUUCGCAGACGGUCUUUAGGUGAAAACUAUGUCCUGCAGGCACCAAAUUCUGAAGUGAAGAACUGCUGGGUGAAGGAAAUCUCACGUCUUCUGUGGAAACAGGCUAUCAAGAACAGAGAACUACGAUUAUGUGAGAUGGCAACAAUGGGUAUUGGUAACAAACCCUGCAUGGACAUCAAACCCAGUGCUGACAACAUCAAUGACCGCUUUAUCAACAUAGCAGUAGGAUCCAGGGGAGCUCGUACCAGAAACUCCAUCGCCGUCUGCUCUUUCGACCAUAUCAGAAACGGAAACAAGCGACCCCAUUCUAUAAUCUCGGUCAGUAGUACGUCCUCAUCUAACAGCAGCCAAUCAGCAUCCAGCUAUGCUGUCUUUGGCUCUAAUCUGGCCUUUGACCCUUUGGAGAGUCCUAGGUUUGCUCGUCGGUCCUUUGCAGCCUCAUCGAAUGAGAGCGGUAUCUGUGCUGAUAUCAGCCUGGACUCCAUGUACAUGUUAAGUCAGCGGCACGAGGGUAGUGGGGCACUGGGCCCCAGGGAGAGGCCGAGGUCCUACCAUGAGUACGUCAGCAAGAGUCAGCCCCCAACCGGAGUAUCAGGAGGGCCUCCACUUGUUACAGAUGUAAGUCACAUGUCUACAAGAGGAUCACACAUGGAAGCAUACAGUUUUGUGUAGAAAAACCACAAUGGAAUGAUAUUUACCACAAAUUACUUCUAACUUCAUGAAAUUUUUCACCAACUGUUCACUCUGCUGGAAGUGUAUGGAGGGGCGAGUAGUACAUUUAUAGUUGAUGAAAAAUUAAGUUCUGUUACUUACAGGUAUAUGUGAUAUAUUAUAAAUCUGUUUGAUUUACUAUGUGAUAGUAUAUUAGUAUGGUUUCAACAACUUAGAGAUGAUUUCUUGCUGUAUAUGUCCUUGACAUAGGUGAUUUAAAUAGCUUUGGUAAUGUGAUACUUGUACUGAAGGUAUCUGCCUCGCCAGUAAAUGCCAAGCUGCAGUUUGAUUUGGAAUAUAUUUGUUCAUUAUCAAUCGGUAAAGGUGCACAGGCUUUUGGUGAUUCAGUUUCACCAAGGUAUGUCAAAAGUAACAAAAAUCUUUACAAGGGAAUCUAGAUAAUUUAUAUGCGGUAUCUGUUCAUUUCAGGUGUGAAAGUUGACGAUCAGAAGUUGAUUUUGAACAGGGUUACCUUCAUCUCAGGGUUAUACAAACACUGGAGGUUGUCCAACAACUACAAUCGUCUGCUGGUUGUCAAGGAAGGAAUAUUCUUCUCAGCAGGAAGUCUGUCCCCCAUCCAGUUGCUAUGGACACCUGUGUUGCCAUGGUGAUUAUGUAGAUGAUUAUCUUCAAAAUGGUUGCCGUGCAAUCAAUGCCAUUGGUAAUUGUUCUUGACAAGAUUCUUGAGGAUUCCAAAAUGGUGGCUGAAGAUGUACUGAAGAAGUACUGUUACAGAAAAAGCACAAACUACCAUAACAAGAUUGCUUACACAAGUUGAAAAACAGUUUCAUCUGGAAUCAAAAGGCCAUAGUCAGAUUGUGGUUUCCUAUGCUACAGAGUACCACACAUUUCAUCGGCAUUCAUCAAACAUGCCAGACAGUUUUCCAAAAUGGUGGAUCUUUCUAUGCAGCAUUUUUUUUGUUUUUUGAUGUCCAUCUACGAUACAGUUGUAUUCAAUCGUUGACCAAGUCCAGCCAUUUGUAAUAUUUAAUAGUGAAAAAUGUGAGAGAUUUAUAUUUAUAUGAAAUCGUUGAAAACUAACUUUUUAUACAUUUCGGAUAGUGUAAUAUUUGAAGCAUUACAUCUCCAGGCUUUACAUUGGCUGACUAUCAUACUCUAAAUGGCUGCCCUUUAAACUAAAAUUGUCAAGAACUCUUCAUUUUAUUAGCUGUUUAAGUGUUAGGUGUUUUUAGCAUUUGUGAUAUCUCAUCACAAAUUUUCCCUCCUUCUAAUGUGGAAAAGUUUCUCAAGGCCGGGAUUUCUGGCUUAGUGUUUUUGUUGUUGUUGAAGGAGAUAGUGAUAAUAUUUCCAUUGUAAGUUUAGAUGAAACAAGAUCAGUUUUAUGUUUGAUGAAACAGGGUAAACUGUUCAUGUUUGUAAGGUUGGAUCAGAUGUUGUUUGAGAUGACAGACAACAAUUGUGGCAGAUUUCAAAGCAAAACCAUUUGGGUAGUAGAGUCUGCAACAUCAGUUAAUAUUAAAUUAACUUAGAGGGAUGGGGACAAAGAUUUUCUUUUUUUUUAAUUAAACCACUCCUCAAAAAAAUACAGUGCUGACGUAUUAGUCUAAAAGAAAAUACCCAGUAGUGCUAUGCAUGACUUUGUUAAGUUGCCAAAAUCACCCAUUUAUUAUUAUUAUUGAAAAGCUUUUCAGAGAGUAAUUUAUAAAUUUAUAAAAUCAUACAUCUGUAUCAGGCCGCUGACAUCACACCGUGCUCUCUCUCUCUUUCUGGUCUCUACCAGCCCUCUACAUUCACUGAACUUUCUGUAAGCUCAUGUCUUGGAACACUUCCUCACUUCUUGCACCUCACUUCUGUCUCGAGGAUAAAUUUCUUUCUCUCCAAAAUCUUCAACAGUCUUCAUCUCGCACACUUCUGUGAGGGCAUCUUUGCCUUUCAUGAACAGUCUUCCACAGAUGGACUGACUUGAGAACAUGUCAUGCCUGCCUUCUACACCCCAUAUAACAUUGUUCACAAAGUUCUGGUAAAUGCCAGAAUGCCUUCCACACUUUAACUGUUCAAUUCAUGGCAUUUUAGUUUAGUGUUGUGCCACAUGAACAGUGUGUGUCCUGUCUUAAUAACAGCCAUUCUUUGUUUUUCAUCAUUUAAAUAUUGUUACAUGUUUAACAUCUUGCUUGAACCAAAGUGCAUCUUGAGACGAAAUACGUCCAGACUUUGAGAGGUUGUAUUAGCUGAUAUCAUAGUUAUUGCCAGAUUAUGCUGAUCAAGGGAGGUCACUGAUACUGAUCAACCGAAAAGUCAGUCAUACCAUGUCCAAAAUCUGUACAUGUGUAUUUUAUUUCAUUAUCCCAACAUUUCACUCUGUUCGACUCAUUUGCAUAUUUAUUUCUUUCAGUUUAAUAAGCAAAAAACCAGCAUAAUCAAUUUAUUUGAGAAGGAAAUUUUGUAUUUUUUUUGGAUGGAAAAAAAGUUCAAGCAAAUGUUGAAUUAUAUUAUGUAAUGACUAGUCACUUUAGGAAGAAAAGUUAUUUAUUUGCUGUCUGUUGUUUCCAUGGUAAUGUGUCUGUUGUUUAGAGUAGUUUCACCAUGUACUUUUUUUUUCAUAUAUCCAAUACUCAGCAUUACUCUCACAUCCAAAAAUGCAAUCCAGUGUUCAAAAACAUUUUUUUCCAUGUACAGAUUUUUUUUUUUACUUGGACAUGAGCUCUGUUUUUGUAAUAUUGAUUUAUUUGUAGCAUUUACUCCCAUUUUUUGACAUCCUUAUGUACCUUUGUUACCUUUAGUUGAUAAAUAAAUGCAUGUGGCAAAAUUGAAAAUUUU